CGGUGCCUUUGGCCACGCCUCUAGAUUAAAGAAGCUCGGUCCUACUCGGUCGGAAGCCAUUGUACUACCGGGGAUCGUCUACCGAAGCGAAGUGUCCAACUGCGUGUUAAACAGGCUGUUUGAACAGAAUCCGAACGGCACUAGUUUAGAUUGAACACCAAAUAAAGCGCGUUGCUGCGGAAGUAACCGAAAACACGACGUUGACGCGGGGCGAACGACGACCGUCUUCUCCACCCGGGCCGGUUCGCUUGGCGGAGGGAUCCAACGGACUCCGGCAGACAUCGGAAGGGCAAACCCGCCUUCCAGCUCCUUCGCUCCUCUCGCGUUAGCCGUCUCAUUUUAAAGUUCGUGCUUAGCUUUCUCUUCGGUCUGUGCUCUUAUUUAGAUGGCAAGCUUCCCAGACUCUGUAAACGAAAAUGAUAUAGGUAAGGCGAAGUUCAUCGGUGAACUCCUGGUGCCGGUUGCUCCCUUCGACCAGAAGUCUGGCCGUGAGGCGUGGACAGUAGCCUUUGCACCCAAUGGUUCCUACUUUGCUUGGUCUCAGGGGCAUCGCAUUGUCAGGCUCAUUCCCUGGACAAAAUGUCUGAAGAACUUUUCAACAGGCCACAGUGGCGAGCCCACCAAUGCCUGGAGCCCUCGGCGCUCUUCCCUUCAGAACAGCAGCGAAGGCCACCAGGGCAUCCCAGAAACCGACGAGCCCCGCGAACACACCAUCGACUGCGGUGACAUCGUCUGGGGCUUGGCCUUCGGCUCCUCUGUGCCGGAGAAGCAGAGCCGCUGUGUUAACAUCGAGUGGCACCGCUUCAAGUUCGGUCAGGACCAGCUGCUACUGGCAACGGGCCUCAACAAUGGUCGCAUCAAGAUCUGGGAUGUUUACACUGGAAAACUGUUGCUGAAUCUGAUGGACCACACUGAUAUAGUGCGAGACUUGACCUUUGCUCCUGAUGGCAGCCUGAUGCUUGUCUCUGCAUCAAGAGAUAAGACCCUCCGUGUGUGGGACCUCAAAGAUGAUGGUAACAUGGUGAAGGUUCUGCGGGGGCAUCAGAACUGGGUGUACUGCAGCGCCUUCUCCCCCGACUCCUCCAUCCUGUGCUCAGUCGGCGCUGGCAAAGCAGUGUUCCUAUGGAACAUGGAUAAGUUGACCUUGAUCCGGAAGCUAGAGGGGCACCACAAUGAUGUGGUGUCCUGUGAGUUCUCACCAGAUGGGGCGCUGUUGGCCACCGCCUCUUAUGACACCCGGGUCAUCGUAUGGGACCACCACACGGCCACCGUCCUGUUGGAGCUGGGCCAUCUCUUCCCCCCUCCAUCGCCCAUUUUCGCUGGCGGGGCAAAUGACCGCUGGGUUCGCUCUGUGAGCUUCUGCCCUGAUGGUCUUCACAUUGCCACUAUUACGGAUGACAGGCGGGUGCGUUUCUGGAGCAUCGAGGAACGGGCUCCUCAGGCCAUCGCCUCUCUCUCUAAUGGCCUCUGCUGUGCCUCCUCCGCUGAAGGAAGUGUCCUUGCUGCUGGGACUCGUGAUGGGAGCGUUCACUUCUGGGAGUGUCCUCGUAGCGUAGCCGGGCUGCAGCAUAUUUGUAGGAUGUCCCUCCGCCGGGUGAUGACCACCCAGCAGGUGGAGGCCCUGGCUAUUCCCACGCCACUCCGUGACUACCUGGCCUACAAAGUCAUCUAAUCAUCUAACCCCCCCCCCCCACACACACACACACACACACACACACCCCACCACCACAGCACCCGCUGACCCAACUGCACUUGCCGCAGCAGCGUCAUGUCACAAACCAUUGAAUUGUUUUCAGAAAUAUUUUACAUAUUUAUUUUUGUAAGUACUUUUAAGCCAAUGAGUGUGUUGGGGGGCUCCUGUCCCCUCCAUCAUUUUGCAGUAGCACCGAGAAGUGUUCAGCUCCUCUUGCAGAGGGUUCAGUAACGCCUUCAUCUUUUCUUCUGACUGUGGGCUGUUUAAAGGAUGGAGGAGUUUGAAGGCCAAUACUCUGAGAUGGAGGACAUGGUCUCUAACAGCUAGCUACUUCACAAGCCAGAGUGAUCAAUCACUCAGGCAGAUAGAUAUAUUGGUGUUGGCAUAUAUAGGACUUUUAAAAAUCUAGUUUCGGAGCACUCGACUAACAACAAAUCCGUUUGACUACAACGUUCAGCACAGUUUCAUCAGCCCACUCAUCACAACAGUCCUUGACUUGAAUUUGGUGCCUUCUAAAUACUUGUUUGUCCUUUGCUUUGAAGCUCCCUGUGGAGGUGUUGACCAUUAGCAGCACUAUGGAGAUCGUCCUUGUGUUCCUAAUGCAUGCACCUGGCAAGGUGACCUGUUCCUAAAGGUUCCACCCAGCUCCUGAGUUGAUGGUUGGUUGAGGUAGUAGGAAUAUACUACAGGGAUGGAUGCCUUACAGUGUUGUGGUGAGAAACCCUCAAAGAACAACAGUGGUCCAACCCUGACAUGCCCCCCCCCCCCCCCCAAAAAAAGUGUGUGUGUAAAAUUGUAUCGCGUCUAUACACAAAAUGUUAAGUUUUUUCCACUCUGUCAUCUGUAAGCAGUUUUUUUUUUUGUUAAACAUUUGUAUUUUUGUAUCAUUGACUUUUUGUUCUCCUUGUAAAUGUGAAAAUGUCUCCAAAUAUCAAACAAGUCGUUAUAUUUCUGAA